AUGGGCUUACCGAGAGAGUCUCACAGAAAAGGUCUGAAGAAAGGACCUCAGGAUCAUUUGCAGAUCAAGACUGACAAUAGGAUCAAGGAUUUAUUUAAAAUGAGCUCAAACGACGGGAAUUCGAUGAGACUUAAUAACGAAGAGGUCCCCACCAACAGAGGUCCCCACCAACAGAGGUCCCCACCAACAGAGGUCCCCACCAACAGAGGUCCCCACCAACAGAGGUCCCCACUCCCCACCAACAGAGGACCCCACUCCCCACCAACACAGGUCCCCACCAACAGAGGUCCCCACUCCCCACCAACAGAGGACCCCACUCCCCACCAACACAGGUCCCCACCAACAGAGGACCCCACUCCCCACCAACACAGGUCCCCACCAGCAGAAGUCCCCACCAACAGAGGUCCCCACCAACAGAGGUCCCCACCAAUAGAGGUCCCCACUCCCCACCAACAGAGGUCCCCACCAACAGAGGUCCCCACCAACAGAGGUCCCCACCAGCAGAGGUCCCCACCAACAGAGGUCCCCACCAACAGAGGUCCCCACCAACAGAGGUCCCCACCAACAGAGGUCCCCACCAACAGAGGUCCCCACCAACAGAGGUCCCCACUCCCCACCAACAGAGGACCCCACUCCCCACCAACACAGGUCCCCACCAACAGAGGUCCCCACUCCCCACCAACAGAGGACCCCACUCCCCACCAACACAGGUCCCCACCAACAGAGGACCCCACUCCCCACCAACACAGGUCCCCACCAGCAGAAGUCCCCACCAACAGAGGUCCCCACCAACAGAGGUCCCCACCAAUAGAGGUCCCCACUCCCCACCAACAGAGGUCCCCACCAACAGAGGUCCCCACCAACAGAGGUCCCCACCAACAGAGGUCCCCACCAAUAGAGGUCCCCACUCCCCACCAACAGAGGUCCCCACCAAUAGAGGUCCCCACUCCCCACCAACAGAGGUCCCCACUCCCCACCAACAGAGGUCCCCACCAACAGAGGUCCCCACCAACAGAAGUCCCCACCAACAAAGGUCCCCACCAACAGAAGUCCCCACCAACAGAGGUCCCCACCAACAGAGGUCCCCACCAACAAAGGUCCCCACUCUCCACCAGCAGAGGUCCCCACUCCCCACCAACAAAGGUCCCCACCAACAGAGGUCCCCACCAACAGAGGUCCCCACCAGCAGAGGUCCCCGCAUCUCCCAUCCCUCACAGAUAA